AUGCCACGAUCCUUCCUGGUCAAGAAACACUUCAACUCCUCCAAAAAGCCUAAUUAUGGGGAGCUGGACAAUCACACAGGUAAUGAACGUUCUAAUCGAACUGCACUUAGAACUUAACCCUUUCUCAGUGCCUGUCAGCUUAACUCUUUGCCUGGACUCUGUGUGCAACUGACAUGCACAGAAAGUUAACCCCACUGCUACCAGUAAACUCUUAAAGUAUUCUAUUCAUUACAUUUCCCCAAUAAACUUAUGUAGUAUGCAGUUAAAAAUGAUAGUGUCAGUUGGUAGGGGAUGCAAGGCAUUUAGGAAGAAUAUAGUUGUGUUUUUUAAUUUUUAUUGUUUGGGGGGCGGGGGGGUUUGUCAAAAUUUAAAACAAACUUGUUUGGUAGAGUUACAGAGGAUUUUGAUCUGUGUAUGCUUAAUUUUAUCAGUGUACUGUAAAUUAAAAAAAAAAGGUUUUCACUUUGUACAUAAGAAGGGAAUGCUCUUGCAACUUUGACAUAUUAAAGAAUAAAGUAGGAUAGUGGCUGGAGCUGUAAAUCAAAUUUUAUAUUUAAUUUAUGCUGUUUUCACUGUCUGUAGUUUUACUAUACAUCUGUUUUGUUAAUGAUUUUUAAUUAUCUGCAUUGGUAAUGUUAUGUGUUUUAUUAUCACACAGUACAGAGAGAUUUGUGUGUGAAUUAUUACUCAUGGAGUUUUUUUUUUUUCUUGUGUCCCCAGUGAUUAUUUCCCCCAUUCUGUAUGAAAGAUACCCUGUAUCUAUCAUUCCCCAGGCAGACAUUCUCAGCUCAGUUGCCUAUGGUCCUAUCACAGUCUGGAAUAGCCUUCUUCCUCCCCCAUUGCCCCACGAUCUCUCACCUCUGUCGGGAUACCCUUCCUCUGUAGGACGUGUAAGCCCUCCACCUCAGUCAGACACUUCAUCAAAAGACCACAGCGGUUCAGAAAGUCCAAUCAGCGAUGAAGAGGAACGACUUCAGUCCAAACUGUCUGACUCUCAUUCUAUAGAAGGGGAGAAGUUCCAAUGCAGUUUGUGCAGUAAGACAUACUCCACUUUCUCUGGGCUGGCAAAACACAAGCAACUGCACUGUGAUAUUCAGUCUAGGAAAUCCUUCAGCUGCAAAUACUGUGAAAAGGAAUAUGUGAGCCUGGGAGCACUGAAAAUGCACAUUAGGACACACACGUUACCCUGUGUGUGCAAAAUCUGUGGAAAGGCUUUCUCUAGACCCUGGUUACUGCAAGGACAUAUCAGGACUCAUACAGGUAACAAACUUAGAUUAACUUGAAAUAUAUAUUUAAGUAUUUCAACUCUAAGCUUUCACUGGCCCUGUUUUGGGGGGAAAGGAGAAAAAAGUUAAAUCCCCAACUUUGCCUUAAAUAAUUUUUAUAUUUUAUAGAGAAAUGUGUUAAAUGAAAGAAAUUAAAUGUCUCACCAAACUAAAAGGCAUUGGAAAUGAUAAUAAUGAAGUAAAAAAUAAUACUUGAUUUUAAUAAAGAGGCUGAUUUGUGGACAUUAACCUCUGAAGGGCUAGUGACAUUCCAGUUAAAUCAUGAUGUAAAAUAAAUUACUUAACCCCUGCCCCAAAAAAGGUUAACCAUUUAUUGCCACCCAGAUUUUGUUGAAUGAACUUAAAUGAAAAAGUUAUAUUUGUGAUGUUUUAGCCAGAAUAGCUUAAUGGUGGGGGAAUGAUACAUUUGGGUAUUUGUUACUUUAAGCGCCAUUACACACCUCUGUGGUACAUCAGAGGUUAACAUUUUAAGCCUGGUUAGCUUAUUCAAUGACCUCAACGUACUUUUGCUAUGUCUAAAUCCUAGAGCAGGGUUCUACAAACUCUGACCUUCUAGUUGUUGCUGAACUACAAAUCCUUUGACUCUUUGAAUGAAAUAGAUGGCCAGAGAAUCAUGGGAGUUGUAGUUCAGCAAUAGCCGGAGGGCCAGACCUGUAUCUAGAGCAAUGGUGUUUACAUUUUGUCCCUUCUGCUGCUGUGAGUUAUUUUUCCUAUUAGAAAGCUGAGCAUCAUGGGUAAUGCAGUCCAUAUAAGCAGGAGUUCCAAAUGUAAACCAUGACUGAAGAAAUGUCUAAAAAGAAUGCCAGUGAUGUAUGUGCUCAGUUGGAACGUUCCAAAGUAUAAUAGGGAUCACUUACAGUUAAAUUACUAGUUGCAGCAACAUAAUACUGUAAGACGCUCUGCAAAUGUAUAACAAUCUAAACAAGCAGAGCUCAACAUGUCCCCACUAAUAUCAAACAUGCAAGGAAUGUUCUCCAGUGUUCCCUCCAUCUGAAAAGGCAAUGCAGUAUUCAGUGUUACAGUGACUGGUCAAACAGGGCUAGUUGAACACUAUUGUCUUAAUAAUAAUAAUAAAAUAUGAUAUCCCCUGUGAAGUAAAAGUGUAUCAGGGAGAUCAGCCAAUCACCAUACAGUAUACAUGUCUAUGCAGUCAUAUUUACAGUAAUACUUCCCUGGUGUCAUUAGCCCCUAAGGUGAUGGAGGUGUGCAACUUAUUACAGCAAACUGAACUUGCUUUUUUGUUUCUUUUACAUUUUCAAAAUGUAUACACUACCAAAAAGGGAAGUGCUAGCUAUGAUUGAGAUGGAACAUUUUAUUAUAUUAUUGUAUGUUUAUUUAAAAUGCUCAAAUUUUUUUUAUUUUAUUUUUUCAGGAGAAAAGCCAUUUUCAUGCCCACAUUGCAAUCGAGCAUUUGCAGACCGGUCCAAUUUAAGAGCCCACCUCCAAACACAUUCUGAUGUAAAGAAAUACCAAUGCAAGACCUGUUCCAAAACUUUCUCCAGAAUGUCCCUUCUUCACAAGCACGAGGAGUCAGGCUGCUGUGUAGCACACUGACAGUGCCACUCCAGUCAACACAUGUUUACCAGGACCAAACUAGCUUAUUCAGAGUCCCCUGUUCUGAAGACACAAUGCAAACCCAAAUGGUAUUUCCUCCACAGGCUUCUAACCAAAGAAAAAUCUAUGAAAUGUGUACCUACACCAGCUUACCUUUGUGAAACAACAUGGAUUUAAAGAUUUGAAUACCAAAUAAAACAUUUCAAGAUGCCAGAGGGUGAGGGGGAUGACCAUGUGUUUUCUGACUUUACCAAAUAACUAUUAAGAUGAGAAACAUAUUUCUCUUCUUGCCUCUAUCAUUUCAACCACAAAGAGUUUGUGGGUGUUAUUUUUCUUUUUUUUUCUUUUUUUUUUUUUUUUUGCCUGGACAAUUUUGUGAGAAUCUCAGGUGCCAUAGAAAGUUCACCAGAUAAUCUAUAUAUCAUCUUUGUGCUGAUAAUGAAAGAAAAUGUUGUUUUUUAAAGAAUUCUCACUGUAAACAGGACCGUUGAGUUUAGGCUAAACAUGUUUUUUUUUGUUUUGUUUUUUUAAAAAGUGCCUUCAGACAUGGUGUAUGUUUGUUUAUUUUUGUUUUUAUUUUUUAACCGUGUUAAAUUUUUUUUUUUUUUUUUACAUUUUAGACUUUUUUUCAUUUUAUGGGAUAUGUGCAAAAGAAUAAGGGUUAAAGGCAGUGUGCAAUUGCAGAAACCAAAAAUGUAAGUGCACAGAACAAUGUGCAAUGCACAUCUACAGCAUAACAAAACCCUCCAUGUGCCUUUUUAUAAUAAUGUAAAAUAUGUGAAUAUAAUGUAAAUUGUUAUAUUUUUAUAUAUUUUGUGUGUGUGUGUGUGUGUGAGAGAGAGAGUGGGAAACUGCAUUUAGCAGCGUUCCACAUCAUUUUAAAAAAGUGAUGCAUUUGGUUUUUAUUUUUUUAAACUUUAUUUUUUUUUUUUUAAAUAAAAUCUUUUGAUAAGUAUAUUUAUAUAUUGUGAUUCUUUAUGGGGAUGGCUUGUUGGUUAACUUGCAUUGGAUUCACUUAUUGGAUGUGUGGGUCUUUUAGAGGCUUCUUAGGCUUUGGCAAUAAAAUGAACUUAUCAUUUUCAUCAGGAAGGUGUACAUUGCAUGCUGUGGGAUGUGUUACUAUGCUACCCAAGCAGGGCAUAAAUGGUAGAAAGUGGGCAGGAGGUAGGGUGGAGAUGAGUGUUACAACAGCUUUAACACACUAUUACAGGCUAGUGAUAGCACCGGAGAGGGGCAAGGAUUUUCUCAAUAAUUCCUAAAAUAAUACAAAAUGUGAUUGCUUAAAGGUGCACUUAAGCAUGCUCAAGUGCUUUGUGUGGUUAGCUCAGUGGAGCUAAGCUCAAAAGGCAGUCAAUUGCUCAGAGCACCUGAGUUGUAAUCCCUUCUCAUUGAGCUGUAUUAGGAACAUUUAUAUAGCGAGAACAAAUUCCAUAGCGCUUUACAAUACUAUGAGAGGUGGGAUUUAACUAUAAAUAGGGCAAUUACAAGAAAACUUACAGGAACGAUAGGAUGAAGAGGACCCUGCUCAAAUGAGCCUACAAUCUAUAGGACUUCUAUUGGGUUAGAACAAGAGUGCUUGCAAAGGGAGCAGACCAGAAAUCUGAAGCCUUUGCUGUUUUUAAGAUAUACCCCCAAUAAAAAAAAAAUGUAUAAUGCAUGAAUGUCUUUAUUAAGGGAAAAACUACUAAACAGUUUUUAUUUAACUUGGCUACUGGAGAGACAGUAUAGUCUAGGAGAAAGAGUUUGAGCUGAUGUAGCUGUGAAAUCUUAAACCAACAAGAAUACUCCAGAUACUGAAGAUAGGCCACAGGGGGCAUUGUUCAGGAUACUCUAAAUACAUAGGUGCCCAAAAAGUAGAUCCCAGAUUAUUUUAAACCUACAGCUUCCAUGAUGCUAUGUCAUUCUAAAGGCAUGCAAAGCAUCAUGAGAGCUGUAGUUUAACAUCUGUGGAUCUACCUUAUAGGCACCCCUGCUCUAAAACAUUUAUUUUUAUUUUUUUUGCACAAAAUGUACACACAAACACAAUUUUAAGCCAAAAGCUAUAAAAUGCAUAAAGUUUUGUUCCUUUUAAGUGAACCUAUAAUGACGAGUUCACUUUUUUAAGUAAAUAGGGAUUUUUAUGAAAUACUUAUCAUGGUAUUACAGCACUCAAACAGAAACCCUAGUGAGACAUUUUUAAUUUGUGUACAAUAAAGAUAUAGUAAAAAAUUCCUAAAAUAAAUUGGUGCCACAAUCACCUGUGUGGGCCACACCACCACAAAUAAAAUAAGUGAUAUAAUAAAAUACAACAAUGGUGAGAGCACUCAAGAAUAAUAUAAAUUUUACCCAAACUCUGUCAAUCAAUCUGAAACAUUAAAACAGAAGAGAGAGACAUAGGGUAAUAUAGUUUAAAUAGAAUAUGUGUGUAACAAUUAAUGGUCUCACUGACAUAUACAGAGCCACUUAAAAGCUGGCUCAAACUUCAGGCUUGGAAAACAGUGGAAAACAGGACUUCACAUGGGAACUUCCAAGAAUUCUGUAGCUGGUACCCCCAAUUUCAUUCAGGACGCCAGAAUGAAGGUGGUUACAAAUAAAAUUUAUUGAAAAUAAAUAAACAGAAUAUAAUGCCUCUAAAAGUAAGUCCCUUAAAAGGUAAGUCCAGUCUCUCAAUGCGUUUCGGCUCUCGCCUUCAUCCGGAGUAUUACUUACUCCGGAUGAAGGCGAGAGCCGAAACGCGUUGAGAGACUGGACUUACCUUUUAAGGGACUUACUUUUAGAGGCAUUAUAUUCUGUUUAUUUAUUUUCAAUAAAUAGUAUUACUUACUCCGGAUGAAGGCGAGAGCCGAAACGCAUUGAGAGACUGGACUUACCUUUUAAGGGACUUACUUUUAGAGGCAUUAUAUUCUGUUUAUUUAUUAUCAAUAAAUUUUAUUUGUAACCACCUUCAUUCUGGCAUCCUGAAUGAAAUUGGGGGUACCAGCUACAGAAUUCUUGGAAGUUCCCAUGUGAAGUCCUGUUUUCCACGCCUGAAGUUUGAGCCAGCUUUUAAGUGGCUCUGUAUAUGUCAGUGAGACCAUUAAUUGUUACACACAUAUUCUAUUUAAACUAUAUAACCCUAUGUCUCUCUCUUCUGUUUUAAUGUUUCAGAUUGAUUGACAGAGUUUGGGUAAAAUUUAUAUUAUUCUUGAGUGCUCUCACCAUUGUUGUAUUUUAUUAUAUCACUUAUUUUUAAUUUGUGAUUAAAAUGUAAAUUUGGUCACAGAUUAGGGUUAAACACACAAGAGGCCUUUUCUGUUGACUUUAAUAUUUCACUGUUUUUCCUAUUUUUUUUUUAAUACUCUCAGCUAAAGUAUAUCUAAUGCAAAAUAAUGCCUUCUAUAGAUGGUGCAAAAUAAAUGUUUUUUGGAGUGAAGGCCAUGAAGCCAACAGAGAGACUUGAAAUGUGUCAUAGAGGUACUCUGUUGACUUACACCUACAUGUAAUUUACUUUGAAAUGUGGAUCUCUCAAACAUUAUAGGAAAUUAUGUUACCUUACAAGUUGUCUCUGUGUUCACUUACCUGCGUGAAAGUAAACACUAAACAGGUUGCAGAGUUCCUGGAGUGAUCAAAUGUAAACUAAAUCACUAUUGUAUUUGAACAGGUGUUAAACAAAGGAGAAUUUGUUGAAAAUUCAUGUAGUCAGUCAAAGCAAUUUGAGGGCAUGUUCGAAGAUUAGCCCUUAAUUUAUAUGUGAACAAUUUGGUGUUUACAAAAAAAAAAAAACGCACCAAAGAUAUCAGAAUUCUAUAAAAAGCAUAAGUUUCGAUUUUCCUAAAACACUAAAUUCGCUCUGUUGGUCCUGAACGUGGCAAGACUAUAAGCACGAUAUGAUAUGGUUGUACCGCUCAUUUGUCUUUCCAAGACUUUUACCAUGACCCCAGCUCAGUACCAACUUCUCUACCAGGUAAGGUAAAUGAAGAGAAAUAGUGCGUAUUUGCUCCUUUGAUAAUUUGCAGAUGGCACACUAACACAGGGGCGGAUCCAGAGCCUGAUCUCGAGAGGGGCACUUGUAGAUUAUUUAAAGAAAUAAUCCAGGCACAAUAACUAUUAUGGCUCAGUGUAGUGGUUAUGGUGCCAGUUAAGCCAGGACCCCCUCCCAGAUUAAGUAGUCAAACCGUUUAAGAACAGUUUGACAACUUACGAGGGGUCUGCUCGGAUAUGGGGCUGUAGUAGAGCAUAGGAGCAGUGGUGUGUGUGAGGGGUGCCCUGGUAACCGCAGCAAUGCUCCCUGCUCACGAGAGAAGGACCAAGAGGAACUACAGGCUGAGCUCCCGGGUCCUCUCUCCCUCCCAAAAAGGUGCCUGCGGACCAGGGAGAGAAUCUCUCAUCUCCCCUCUGGUCUUUGAAGGCACAUUGCAAGGCUGGCGCUUGGACAGCGCCAGCCCUGCAUUAGCCGACAGGGGAACCGAUCGUCCUGCCUUGUUCUGCAAUUGCACCGUUGCUCCCGGAUCCGCCACUGCAGUAACAGAGCAGGUUAAGUGAGCAGAUACAGUUAUUUCACUGUGCGCAUUUGCUCCUUUGAUAAUUUGCAGACGGCACACUAACAGAGCAGGUUAAGUGAGUAGAUACAGUUAUGUUAGUACAGGUUGAGGUUAUGUAUGUCUAUAAAACUAAAUAUUUUGAGACUGGGUAGUUACAAAGG